CCUAUUAUUAUUAUAACCAUUCUCCUCCCAGAGAGACGAAAAUGGCCCAAAACGAUGAUCCAGAGAGUCCGGAAGUCCCAUGUGAAAUUAAGCUAAUCAAUUGUGCAUUCUGCGUCUUCUUCAACGUUAUCCGUCGCACUAAUGGCAUCGUCUACCGCUUUCUCAGAAGCGCCUUCGACCUCAAAACCUGUCCGUCUAAGAAACCCAUCAUUGGUGUUAAAACCACUGACAUCACCAUUGACAAUUCUCGAAACCUCUGGUUCCGCAUCUACACCCCCACCAACACCGGUGAUGACGCCGCUACUGCUGGUUUGCCGGUUAUUUUCUUCUUUCACGGCGGUGGUUUUGUCUUCUUGGCAGCCAAUUCUUUACCUUAUGAAUUAUUCUGCCGCGGCCUAGCUAAGCAUCUCUCCGCCAUCAUCAUUUCCGUCAACUAUCGUCUGGCUCCAGAUUAUCGUUGUCCUUCCCAAUACGAAGAUGGUUUUGAUGCUCUAAAAUUCAUUGACGCCACAAAACUUGAAGACUUUUCAGGCAACCUCAAACAGUGUUUUCUUGCUGGAGAUAGCGCAGGAGGCAACAUGGUGCAUAACAUAGCAGUAAAAGCAAUGAAACAUGAGUUUUCUAAGCUAAAGUUCAUCGGAAACAUAUUGAUGCAGCCAUUUUUUGGAGGAGAAGAACGAACUGAAUCUGAGUGUAGGUUGACUCGAGCUCCACUUAUGAGCAAGGACAUUGCAGACUGGAUGUGGAAGUCAUUCUUGCCGGAAGGUUCAAACCGGGACGACCCAGCAGUGAAUAUUUUUGGGCCUAACUCGGUUGAUAUAUCGGGAGUUAACUUACCGUCAUCGAUCAUAUUUGUUGGAGGACUUGAUCCUUUGCAGGAUUGGCAAAAGAGGUACUAUGAAGGGUUGAAGAAAUAUGGAAAAGAAGCGCAAUUGGUUGAGUUUGACAAUGGUUUUCACUCAUUUUACCUUUUUCCUGAGCUGCCUGAACGUUGUUGUUUGAUGAAGGAGACGAAGGAGUUUAUGCAAAAGCAAUUAGAAUCAUCUAAUAUAUGAUGCAACUUUCUUUUAUUUUCCGCUUGCUGCCAAUGGUUAGCACUUUGUUUUAUUUUUGUGUUUUUCAAAGAAAAUUGUCUGUUCAUUAACAGAUAAAAGCAGCAGUUAUGAAUCCCAAAAAUUAUUACUUGUUUAUGAACCUGUGAGCAGAGAGGAGGAUUCCCUAAUAAAUCCUAAAAUAAUGUUUCCCUUGAAGCGUUUUGGUCAUCGGUGCUUUUUGUGUCAAUCUUUGUAAGUUUGCUGAAUUUGAAAAUAAUUAAUAAGUUUGAUCGUUACUCGUCAC